AUGUCUCUUUACUACGAUGAAGAUCCUCCUUCCUUUAAAGUUCUGCUUUCUGGUAGCUUUGUGAGGGCCAAAUACUCAAUUGAGAUUCCCAAAGAUGCUAUCUGGGUCACAAACUGGGUUCAACUUCAUGAAGUAGGUGCGAAUUACCACGAUACAGCCUUGGUUGAAAAGUAUGGUGGCAAUGUCAUUGAAGUCAAUGGGAAGAUUGUUGUUGCGACAGAUGAGGAAAUGACUAAACAGAUUGACGACCUGAUUAAAGAAUUAGAAAAUAACGAUAUAGAGGUCGAAGCAGAGACAGAGACUUUAAAGAGGCGAGCCGUAGAGAUUGGACCCUACCACUAA